AUGAAAGCAGUUUCCUUCCACACCUCCAACACUACCGCAACUCCUGUACUCUUCGCAAAUCCCACUACCACGUCGAGCGGCACCGACUUCCUGACGCUUAUCGCCUCUCAGGAGCGAAAAGUGCUCGAGAUACGGGAGGAGCUGGACAAAGCGGAGCAGGAAUUGACGCUGCUCAAGAAGCAGUGGGCUACGUAUGAGGGGAGGAAGAAGAAGGAGGAGGUUAUCAGAGUCAGAAGGGGCGUGCCGGUCGCGCUGGGAGACGUGCCACACAUCAAGCAAGUCGAGGACUUGGACAUACAAGAGGAGGAGAGGAGGCGGAGGAGGGUCCUGGUAGAGCUCAGUGGGAAUGCUGCCGGCAGCGGGAGCCCGGCCAUCGGUGGUGGCGGUGUGGCGAGGAAAGGGAGUCAGAGUCAGAGAAAGGUGUUUGAAGGCCGACAUACAAGGACUCUGAGCUUGUUGAGUCCUACUGCGGUGAGGCGGCGUUCGGAUGAGGAGGACUUCGCCGGCAGUAUCGACUCUGAACUUCAAGAGGGGCAAGCCAGCACUGAAGAGCACAAUGCGCAGGCUGGGGCUCAACCAGGCACGUCGACGACGACACUAGAAACAUCACACCAGCUCUCUCGCCUACCCACCCUCGACGGCUUUGUUUCGCCCGAUGCAAUAUCAGCAACAUCGGCGACGACACCGACUUUCGGCAAGACGUACAAAGACCUCGUGGCUGCACAGCAACGACGGUCCCUCCCACCGGCUACGGUAGACAUGAUGAAGCAGGGACGCGCGGUCGUCGAGGGCGUGCGCGACGGGCUGUGGACGUUCUUCGAGGACAUUCGGCAGGCCACAGUGGGCGAUGAGGCGGUCUACGGGCCGACAAGCGCGGAGCAGCAAGCAAGGCUGGAGGGGCGAUGGGUUGCGAAGAAGAAUGGACGUAACAACAGGUUCGCAGGUUCUGCGUCACCUGACCGCAAGAAAGUGUCAAUGGCGAGUACCACCGGCGGGAAGGAUAGCACGGGCAAACCUCAUGACAGCAGCAAGAAAGAAGAUUCCUUCUGGAGAGAGUUUGGGCUUGACACGCCCGGAAGAGCACCUCAAGAUGCAGCAACGUCCAGAGCAGUGACGAGGACCAACGAUGCGAGCAAGCCACCGAGAAAGACGUCCGGGAGCGCAGCAGACGUCAAUAAUACUAUCAAAGGCCACCGAGCACACACGCCGAAUGACAGCAGUGGCAGUAGCAGCACGCCGGAUUUGCUCUCGGACUCGCCUGGCGCCACAUCUGAGGCAGCAAGCAAGGAAGAAGACGAUCUCGACGAGGGAGACAUCGAGCACUGGGACAAUUGGGAUGCCUCUUCUCCGCUCGUACGGCGCCAAGAUUCAGUAGUCGAAGAGACUGCUGUCAAAGCAGCCGUGGUCGACGGAGAGGACUUGCCCUGGCCGGAGCUGGAGAAGCCGAAGGAUACGCCGACGAAGCUGGCGCGGACGGGGAGUGAUUUUAUUAGGGAAAUGGAGGCUUGA